UAGGCCACAACUGAAGGAUCAAGGGACAGAGUAAAAGUCAGAGGAUGUGGGAACCAAGGAGUGAGGGGAUAGCCAGUAAAGCAACUGCACCAUAUUUUUAUGCUCAGUGAGUCAGCAAGAGGGAAAUUGCUCCUGUGCUGUUUAGAAGGUGGUUUUCUUCUUUGUCCCAUCUGGUGAGGGCUUGGCAAUGGACUCAGUUCCAACUGUCUCCCCAGUUUGCUUCCUCCCUAAAUCCAGAGGAUGAAGAAAACUCAAGUUCACUGCUACUGAUGCUAAAGCAAGAAAGGCAUCUAGGGACUCUGUUCUCAUCUCUGUAUUUAUAGAUGGGGGGACUAGGACUGAGGAUGAGUUAACCAGGUUACUGGAAAUAAUGAAGUAAAAUCCACAACUCCCAGGGCAGGGCAGUUUCAGCAAUUUACAUAGGCUUUCUCACAGUAAGUGCUUCACGGACACUUCCUAACUAAAUGAAUGAAUAAACUACACACAUGUCCUUGCUAGUUCAUUUUCUUCUUUAAGAUAUCAACACUGGGCUAAGUGAAGAGUAGUUGAUUUAAAAGUUCCCAUGAAGAAGAUGAAGAAUUGCCAGCAAAAGAAGAUAUUCUGCAAAAAAUCUGAACGUCAGAAUGGCUAACAAGCUGUAAGCCACUCAUUCAACCUAGGUCCUUAAGCACCACCCAAGAAGCAUGUUGGUUGAAUCCUGCAGGAUCACAAUAGUUAACUGAGAAAUCUAGCUGUGGGCUGCAGACAGGAGUCUAAACCAAAAGAAAAGUUCUCUGCUAUGAGUAUAUGCCAGGCUGCAUUGAAAUUCAAAGUGAAGUUCAUCUGAUUUAUUUUAAAGAAUGUUAAGGAAGUCACAUGCCUAUAAAUAAAUCUUUAGAAAUGUAGCUUCUCCAAGGCAGAGAUCAACACUGAUAUUCACUAAACCUAAAUGUAUACCCAACUAUGCUGGACUAAGACUAAGGACACCAGUCUUCCAAGUCCUCCUUCAACCUGGCUACUUCCUCAAGUCUGGGAGCAAAUUCCAAAUCUUGAGGUAGCAAGUCCUGAUGAGAUUGGAUCUGGGGGACUCUCAGGCCCUCUGAUUUAUCUUUAGCCCAGGAUCCAUUUCCUCACCUUCAACAGACACAACCUUCAAGAACUUUGGACUGUUGUCACAAGCAGAAAGCCAUUAAUUCCUCCUGCCUGCCUCCCAUGCUCUCCAACCCCACUCCAUGCAGCAUCAAGAGGGGCCAGAUCUGGUCCCUCAUCAUCUCCUGAAUCUGCUGUCCUUGAUACAGGGGCCUAACUCAGUUCAAGUCACCAUCUUCUAUGCCUAGGAAAUUUCGGUCAGCUGCUGAGUGGUCCUUAUACUGCUCAUGGUCCAUUGGCCUGCUUCCCACUCCGCAGCAGGAGGCACUCUUUCAUGUACUUCUCAGCAUGUUAACCCGUAGUGUUUCUCACUGAUUUAAGUAGCCCUAAAUCUUUACUGUUUAGACUCACAGGACUCUAUCUUUCCAGACCUUCCUUUUUAUUUUUCAGGAGGUAGUCUCUCUGCCCUUCCUUUACUCCCUGUGAAGGUCACAACCUUCCCACUACAGAACCUUGGUAUGUGCUCUUCCCCUCUAUGGACAGCAUUCUCUCUCUGAGAUAUUCAUCACUUAGAUUCUGGCUUCAUUGCCAUUCUUCCACUGAGGAGCCUGGCCUACUUCCCACCAGGUAAAGACAUCUCCUGAACCCCUGAACUUCUCCUUGUGGUACCUGUCACAGUUGCAACUGUUCAACAUGUUCAAAUCUGUGCACUCAGACUUUAAGGGUCAUGAAUGCAGAAUUUUCCUCCCAGAAUCUUAGUACUGAGCCCAGCGUAUAGUAGGGGCUUAACUUUGGGUGGAUGGAUGGACAAAUGGAUGGAUAUAGGUGGGCAGAUGGAUGGAUAGGUAGAUGGAUAAAUGAUGGAUAGAUCUCCAUAGGCACCAAGGAGCACAGGUAAGAUCCUAUGGGUUCUGAGAGAAAGCCCCUGGGCUAUCUCAAAUAAUAGUUUAUUAAAAUAAGAUGUAAGAAACACCUCUGAAAGAUCUCCAACUGAAAUCUGAGAUGGGCACCUUAUUUAUGCCUUGGGGAGGCUGAAAGCCAGUGAAUUCCUAAACCCCAUUAAACCCUAACUCAAAUCUCUCUGGAGGGCUGAUGGUAGACACUGGUACUACACCCACAGCCCUGUGGCAAUCCCCUGUGAUUCUCCCCCUAAGUGUUCCCUAUGGUGUACUGGGUCCUCACGGUCAGACCAGAACACCAAGGAGCUGCUGCCACCAGUGAGGAGGUGAGCGGGAGGGGACCUGUCCCAACCCCUCCCCUCAGCUGGGAAGACUCUGCCACAUGGCCCAUGUUGUCUCUCAGAGUCCCAGGGAACAGAGGUCCAGGAGCCCAGUGUCACCUGCUCUUUCAGUCACCUUGUGUUGGCUCCUAUUUUUCUUGUCUCACUUCUCCUCCUAAAUAAACUAAAUGCCCCAAAUCUUUAUCUCAGGGUCUACUUCUGGGGGACCCCAAUCAAAGACAACCCCAAUAAGCAAAACAGGUCUGUGAUACUGGGGAAAAAAACCUUGUAGUGAAGGGCUUUUGAUGAGCUGCUAUGCAGAUGGUGGUCUGCAAAGAUGCCUGGCUCUUAUUAGGAACAACAAAACCAUGUCAAAGGUGGCAGGAGUCAGGCCUUGAUUUUCUUUCUGGGCCCAGAGCUCUGACCCUUCCCGGGAACUCUGAGUGGGGGAGGCAGGCAUCAAACCCCAGUGCCCAGAGGCCAGAAACAUUUUUGUUUUAUUUUUCUGAUUCUUUUUGUGCACUGCCUCCUCCUCCCAACACAAUAUUUGCACUGUGAAAUCCUGAAAACUGCUAAAUUUCACCCAGUUUGGUUUAAUGUUCUCAAGGAGCUUGGCACUGUAUUAGACACUCAGACAUUCCCACGGCCCAGUUCCUAUUUAAAAACUGCCUCUCUAUUUAAAGUUUAUCUUGGGAAGAAUAAAAGAAAAAAGGUUCCCAAAGCUGAAGCGAACAUGAGAUAGGCAAAAGAAAAAUCCACUUUUCUUCUAAAAAAUGCUGAAAAUUAUAACCAUCCAUGGCCUUGGGUGUUUCAAGUCUGAGGAUUUUCCUCCUUUCUGGUUGUUUGCAAACCAAAGUGGAAUUUUAUUAUGGUUACUCAGUGAGCUUUAUCAAGUUCCUGGACCCAAGAAGUCUCCACUCACUCUGCAGCAUGCCAUUUAAACUCCUCGUACAGAUGGAAAAGAAUGGGACCAAAAUAAAGCAGCCGGUGUCCCAGAGCUGAAGGCAACAGGAGUCAGAAAACUAUUCACUGCAGGAAGUCCCAGUAUCCGGUGAUAAAUAAGAAACACAACAGCACAGGAUGCGCCUUGGGUCAGGGGAUGUGAACAGCCCACAGCCUUUGUGUCCGUCUCUGUGUCAGAGUGUCAGUGUCUGAGCCUUCAGCUCCCUCUGAGCUCAGCUGGGGCAGGCACUGCCACUGUCAGGCUUCCAGCCUCCCACUGAGGGCGACAUGGAGGCUGCAAUGGCCACCUCCACUAGUGUGCUGCUGCUGCUGCUGCUUCUGAGCCAGCCUUGGGUUGUGGCUGGUACUGAAAAACAGGCAGUGGUGUGUGUAGGGACUGCCUGCUAUUCAGCCCACUGGGACAAGCUGAGUGCGGACGAGGCCCAGCUUCAUUGCAGCAAGAAUGGGGGCAACCUGGCCACAGUGAGGACUGAAGAGGAGGCCCAGCACAUCCAGCGAGUUCUGGCCCAGCUCCUACAGCCCAGGGUGCCCCUGGCAGACCGGACAGGCAAGUUCUGGAUAGGACUCCAACGAGAAAAGGGCAAGUGCUCAAACUCCAGCCUGCCUCUGAAGGGCUUCAGCUGGGUGGACGGUGGGGAGGACACAUCUUAUUCCAAUUGGCAUGAGGGGGCCAGGAACUCUUGCAUCUCCAGGCGCUGUGUGUUCUUGAUGCUGCACCUGUCUCUUUCUUCCGUCUCCAGCCACCUCCCCAAGUGGUCUGAGAGUCGCUGUGGGAUCCCGGGCUCUCCUGGAAGCAGCAUUGAGGGCUUUGUGUGCAAGUUCAGCUUCAGAGGCAUGUGCCGGCCCCUAGCCCUGGGGGGCCCAGGCCAGGUGAACUAUACCACUCCUUUUCAGGCCACCAUCUCCUCCUUGGAAGCUGUGCCCUUUGCCUCUGUGGCCAAUGUGGCCUGUGGGGAUGGGGAUAAGAGUAGGCAGCAUUUCUUCCUGUGCAAGGAGAAGGCCACUGAUGUGUUUGACUGGGGCAGCUCGGGGCCCCUCUGUGUCAGCCCUGAGCACGGAUGCAGCUUCAAUAACGGAGGCUGCCAACAGGACUGCUUCGAGGGGGGCGAUGGUUCCUUCCGCUGUGGCUGCCACCCAGGGUUCCGACUGCUGGAUGACCUAGUGUCCUGUACCUCCCGGAACCCUUGUAGCUCCAACCCAUGUGGAGGGGUGGCCACAUGCAUCACCGGACCCCUCAGAAAAAACUACACAUGCCACUGUCCCCAAGGCUACCAGCUAGACUCCACUCAGUGGGACUGUGUAGACGUGGAUGAGUGCCAGGACUCCCCCUGUGCCCAGGAGUGUGUCAACACCCCUGGGGGCUUUCAUUGCCAGUGCUGGGUGGGUUAUGAGCCUGGUGGCCCCGGAGAGAUGGCCUGUCAAGAUGUGGAUGAAUGUGCCCCUGGCCACUCACCCUGUGCCCAGGGCUGCACCAAUACAGAUGGAUCCUUCUACUGUUCCUGUGAGGAUGGCUAUGUCUUGGCUGGGAAGGAUGGUACCCAGUGCCAUGAUGUGGAUGAGUGUGCGGGCCUGGAAGGCAGCCUCUGUAACGACUUAUGCUUCAACAUGCAAGGGUCCUUCCGCUGUGGCUGCUUGCCAGGCAGUGAGUUGGCCUCUGAUGGGGUUUCUUGUAUCACAGGCUUCAUGUCCCUGGUACCAUCUGCCAAGACUCUCCAGGAGGAGAACACGGGAGAUAGAGAGGGGAGCUUUGUGCCUUCUACAACAACACCAAGUCCAACUGGGGACCCUGAGGGAACCUCCAAGAAGACACCCACUAUGGGGAAACUCUUUCUCCUAUCCAAUGCCUCUCUUACCCUUACAUCAUCCCAGACUCUAUCCACCAGUGGGUCCCCUGGAAUCUGGAUGGAACCCAGCAACUAUCAUCCCACAGCCACCACUGGCCAUGAGGAGUCUACAAGUGGGGAUUUCAUGGUUCAACAAAGGGAUAAUGGCCCCGAUGGGCAAAAGCUUCUAUUGUUCUACAUCCUCGGCACCGUGGUGGCCAUCUUACUCUUGCUGGCUCUGGCCCUAGGGUUGCUGAUCUACCGCAAGCGGAGAGCCAAGAGGGAGGAAAAGGAGAAAAAGCCCCAGAGUGCGACAGACAGCUACUCCUGGGUUCCAGAAAGAGCUGAAAACAGGGCCAUGGAGAACCAGUACAGUCUCACUCCUGGGACAGACUGCUGAAGUUGAGGUGGCCCCAGAGACGCUGUCAGUGGUUGCCACCAUUCUCAGAGCUCAGAUCCUCUGUGAGAAGGUGGAAUCCACAUUCUUCUGAAAGACUGGACUGAAAUCUUAGCAAACAAUACUAAACUUUCUCCUUAAAAGCCAGGCAACUUGGAAGGUGCAGAUGUGUUCUAAAUGAAGUGGAAGUGAGGGGUUGUAGUGUCAUGACAGAAAUUUUGUGAAUAUUAUUAAUUGUCACUCAUUCUCCCUUUUCAAAUUCAAAUAUGCUUGAUUUCAUUUUUCUGCAUUGGUUCUGGAUUAUUAGUCAGGUUCUAAUGGGCUUCUUUUGAACCACUUAUCCAUUCACUGGAAUCAUCUAAGAAGAAAAGGGGUUUGAUUAUGCUAUUUAGUAUAAUGAAGAUUAAGUCAGUUAUUGUUUAAGUAUAUAAACAAUAUACUUUUUUUUUUUUGUCAAAGAGAAUAUAUUUAGGACUGAAAACGUCUUUGCAUUUAUAUUCAUGCACUUUUCCACCACAAAUCCUGCUGAUCUUGAUGUUGUUGAAAUUCUCUUCAAUGACCCGAAAUCCACUUACUGGCUUAGUAAAGAGGUAGGGAGUUUAGAAAUCACGUUUUGUUCUUAAGUUUUCAAUAGUCUUGGGUUUAUUUGUUAGUGGAGCCUGAAAAAUGUAGUUAAAGUUGUAUGAAGGGAUGUACAACAGUUUUGAAAAUGAAUAAUCAUAAGUGCUGAAGAGCGAGGCAAAGGGUUUGUUUCACAAACACUUGGAUUUAAAUUCAUCUAAAUGUUCUACUGUUAACACAGACUUGACUAUUGAUGAGAAGAACACUCAUAAGGAAAAAGCCAAGGACAAGCCUAUACAUCUCCAACACUCACUCCCAACCUGAGCUUCCCUGCCUUCACCUCAGACAGCGCUGGAUGUUGGGGCUUCAACUGUAGACAGAGGGCACACUAGAAAAUCUGUCAUUCUGAUUGUUUCUAAAGGAUGUGUGAGAUGACUUGCUGUGUUCUGAAAUUUGUCAUCACAAAAUUUUUUAGCACAGUUUACAAUCGACAUUGCAUCCUGACAACUUGAUCCUGAUUCGUGGCUGUCGUACACAGAACAGUCAGGGACAAGUCACACAUGAUGACUGUCCCAGUGCUGCUUCAGGAACUUGUGUCUGCUUUCGCUCUUUUCCUUAGAAAGGGGUGGGGGGAGAGAAAGAGAGAAUAACUAAAAUUUUUUGCUACUAAAAAACUGCUCAAAUCAACUUUAAUUUAUAUCCUCAUUUUUAAGGACUCACUUGCAAAGAUUUCACCUUAUGAUGUGGUCCAUAAUGUAUCACCUACAUAGCCAGAAAGCAGCUGAAAUGGUUAAAAUUGAUAGACCUGUGAGUAGCACUGUGAGGCUUCCAGUGGCCUGGGGGCUUUCUGUUGCCACCAUGCAGAAGUAAAGAGAGAAUGUGUUUCCAUCCAGAGACUCUAAACUCUGUCUCUGAGAAGGAGGACACCCUAUUGUUUCUGGUUUUGCCUUAGAAAAGUAACUGUCCCAGAAGUUAACACUGGGUGGGAGUAGCAUCAGGUGCACAGCUGGCCUUCAGAGUCAAGUAAGUAUUGUUUUGUCAAUUUUGAAAUAUAGGAUCCUACUAUUUAAUAUUUUUUAUGAGACAAUGGAAAACUGCAGGAUGUGUGUGAAAGGAAAGGUGAAGGCUUUGUGGGGGGCUAUUAGGGGUUUGGAAGUUCUGCUUUAUAAAGUCAGUUUUCAUUCAGAAUACAUGGUUUUAACACUCCAGGAGACAAAAGCUGUGCCCAUUGAUCACAGGACUCUUGGCAGUCUCUUGUAUUGGAACCAACUGUUUGGCCAUUCAGAUAAUUUUAAAGACUUGGCCAGAUGUGCUGCUGACCAGUAUUGGCACUUACAUGAAAUAAAUGCAAAUUCAACAGCAUUACCCCUAGGUUUUUACAGUUUUCUUUUCAUUUUGGAUGAAGGAGACAUUCCUAAUUUGGGCUUUGCCCGAGUCCUUUGUGAUGCUGUGGGCCUUGAAUUAUCUGAGGUUACCAAUAUGUCCUCUCAUUCCACGGUGUUUGAUUCUUCUAUAGACCCCACAAGGGGAUAAUUGUGUUGAUAAAUAGCAGUUCCUCAGAAUCUUUUCUGGCAGAGUUGGCCCUCUAAAGGCCAGUGAGGUCUCCUGCUCUCAUACCACUGCCCACAGGUGGUCAAGAUCCUAGACCUGGAUGACCUCAAGCAGAGAAUCUGAUGAAAUUACUGUGCUCAAACAGAUGCUUUAAUCUCCCAGUUACAACUGCUGUAUUUCUAUCUGAGUUAUUUGCAUGUUUGUAUUGAGGAGCUCUGGGCCACAGCAAUGAAUAAACAAGUGCCCGUUGGCUGCAUGGCCAUUGGGAAACUGCUCAUUUAUUCACAGGGGUCGCAGGUGGCUCGGUCAUGACACAGCCAGAUAAACGGAUGGGGCUGAGCAUGGGGAGAAGUGGAUCUGUAAUGUGUAGACCCCUCCAACCUGCCCCUGGGCAGGGACAGACCAGGUGUUGUUUUGUUUCUGAUCUGUCAAGCAGCAGAACAAGUGACACAAAAGGAAGACGGAGAAGGUUCUACUUGGCAACAGGCACAAAGGCAAUGGAGACUUUGGUCUAAAUAGUAUUUCCCAUAGUUCAAUCAUUCCAGGACACUCAGAAAACUUAUAUUUGGGACAAACUCACUUCCUCCUACCCUUCAACUCCCAAGGCAGAUAAUUUAAAGGGAGAGGACAUCUUUAAACAUGAAGCUAACUAGGCACAUUUCUUAUUUUUAGGAACAAUCUUUGCUCCUUAUCUUUUUUUCAGAUAGGGUUGGAGAGAGAGAGGGAGGAAGAGAGAGAGAGACACCAACAUGAGAGAAACAGAUUGAUUGGUUGCCUUCCACAAUGCCAACCAGG